GGAAGAUAGAUUGGUCUUAUGACUGGGUGAAUGAUGAUGUAAUGGAUCGUGUCUCUUUGUUUCUGGAUGUUGGUGCUGUGAAUCAGAUAGAUAAGUUGAAGGUUGUUAGGGCUAAUUCUGGGGUUCGAUUGGAACUGUUACCCUGUACUGUGGAUGAUAGGGUUUUUCAUAGAGGGGAGGGUUUUGAGCAUUUUUUAUGUAUAGCUCUGUUUUGGAAGAACUGAGGGUGAGAAUCCUUUUCAGUGAUUUUGAGUGUAAAGUUCUGAGGCAGUUAAACUGUGCGCCUUCAUAACUUCACCCCAAUGGUUGGGCUUUCCUUCGGGCGUUUGAGGUUCUGAUGGAAUUUUUGGAGGAAAAUCCGUCAGUGGAGCUGUUCUUCUCAUUAUUCCAGGCGAAGGGAGUUUGGAAGGGUGGUUGGGUAAAUUUGAACAGUUCUCCCGGUUUUGCUGUGUUCAAGCUAUACAAAUCAUCUUUUAAGAAUUUUAAGGAAAUGUACCUUAAGGUAAGUAGCUGCGAAGAUGACUUUCCGUUUUAUGUUGAUGAGUAUUUGGGGGAAAGAUUUCCUCUCUGGUGGUGUUCAGAGCCUCAGAACAUUUUAGGUCAUGAAUCUAUAAGUCCGAAGGAUGAGUGCAUGAUUGAGUUUUUGACCGAGUUUGUUGAUCGGCAAGAAUUGAUUUCUGUUUAUGACCUGCUGCAAUGGGAGGAAAAUAAGGCUACUGUUUUGGAGUAUUUGGGUAAGAUUUUUAAUUGUGGAUGUUGUAUUAUGUCUGAGGUUUUUGACCAUUUUCUGUUUUCCGUGUUUUUCAGGUGGGAAGUACCCAGGUGUAUCUGCCGCGAGUUUGAUGUCUCGGGUGAAGAGCAAGGGUUUGGAUAAAGAGGUAUCCUCAUCCAAGGCAGAGAAGGUUGGUGUUGGCGAGGUUGAUCAACCAAGGCGGGGCAGGAGGAAAGUUAUUGCUAAGAAGAGAAAAGGUGAUGUGGUGGAUUUGUCCGAUGUUUCUGGUGAUGAGAAGGAUGAUGUUCCGAUGGAAGAGCUUCAUAGGUUUUGUGAAAACCAGAAAAAGUUGCAUGGUUUUAUUGAGCGGAGUGAGGGGUCGUCGCUCUGGGGGAAAUAUCAUCCUUUCAUGAUUACUGUGGAUGAGGUAUGCCAGACCCCGUCUGAUGUUAGUUUGGCGGAAGAGGUGGGGGACGUGGCAAUUGAUCAAUAUAUGCAGGUGGUGGGUUUGCGACUGGCGAGUUUGGGGUGCAGUCGUGAGAAGAUUCAUCGGAAGAUGGUUGAAAAGAGGGAGGAUCCGAGUUUGAAGGAAGAGUUGGCUGUAAAAGUUGCUAAGGUUUCUGAACUUGAGGUGAAGUUAUUUGAGGUUGAAAAACAUUUGAAAGAGGUGAAGGAGAGCUAUGCCAAGGAUGUGGAAGAUUUAAAGAAGAAAGAAGCUGACUUAUCUUCUUUGAGCACCCGUAUGAUUGAGGUUACUGCCCAGAUGAAGGAGUUGGAGAAGAAUAAGCAAGGAGAGAUUCUGGAUUCCUUCCUUGAAGGUUUUGAGAGGGCUGUUCUUCAGGCGAGGUUUCUGGCUCCCGAGGUUGAUUUAUCGGCAAUGGAUCCGGGCAAAAUAGUACAGGAUGGUGUCUUGGUUGAGGAUGAUGGUGCUGCGGAGCAAGGAGAUGAGAAUGUGUAAUUUGUUUCUUGUUUGUAGACUUGUUUUGCUCCUGAGUUGAGCUUUUGACUUGUCAAUGUGUAGACAUUUUUAGUUGGCUUUUGUAGC